AUGCAUCAUAACGAGGCUUUAGAUGUUGAUACUAGGAAGCUGGAAAUAAUAGCACAUUUUAAUUUAACCAAAGGAGAAGUUGACUCAAUCGAUGAAAAAUGCUCUAUCAAUUCAUGCAAUAGGAAGACCAAGCGUUGGCCUACGGCAGUAUUUCUCAGGCUUGUAGAUAUUGCUUCAGUAAACUCUUUCAUUUUUCAUCAGUCGUUCCGGCAUAAUGCUGAAUUAAUAAGAUACAACUACAUAAAAAAACUAGGCAUGCAGCUGAUUAAGCCUGAGCUAGAACGAAGAUUUAAGAAUCCUCAUAUAAAUCGCGAAGUAAGAAUGUGCAUUGGACGUGCCCUGAAUAUACGACAGGAAUUUGAUUGGGGUGAAACAGAAAUACUGGAAAAACUGGAUAAAGACAAAAUUGUCUUUUAUUUCCUCCAAAAAAAGUAG